CGACCCCACUCCACCACCAUCCGCAGGCUCAGACUGAACCUACUGAACUAGCACGCUCGCUCAUCUAACAGCCAAAAACCAAAAUACCAUGCAAACUCCAACGCUACCGUCUCUCCUCCUCCUCCUUCUCUGUCUAUCUUCAAUUACAGCUGCUUUGAGUGACCAUGGGGGAUUCUGCUCUGCUCCUCCUUCACCUUUUGAAACCGAAACGGCCUCCUCCAAACCACUCUAUUGGAGAGUUUCUAAUCCAACACUCUCUCCUUCUCACCUUCAAGACUUGCCAGGUUUCACACGCAGUGUUUAUGAAAGAGACCACGCAUUAAUAACACCAGAAAGUCAUGUAUUCAGUCCUUUACCAGAAUGGACAAAUACAUUGGGGGCAUAUCUAAUUACGCCAGCUAUGGGUUCCCACUUUGUGAUGUACCUCACAAAAUGCAAGAAAAUUCAAGGUCUGGGCUCCCUCCAAAUGAUGUGGAGAGGUUCAUGUUCGUGGUUCAGGGUUCUGCAACUCUGAGUAAUGCAUCUGGUGCCCACCACCAAAUGACACUGGAUUCAUACACUUAUCUACCACCAAAUUUUGAACAUUCUCUGGGGUGUGGUGCAUCUGCUACUCUUGCUGUCUUUGAACGCAGGUAUGAUUCUCUAGAAAAUCAUUUCACUGAGCAAAUUGUUGGUUCAACAGACCAGCAGCCACUUCUUGAAACUCCAGGUGAGGUUUUUGAACUUAGAAAGCUUCUACCUCCAUCAUUGCCAUAUGACUUCAAUAUCCAUAUAAUGGAUUUCCAACCUGGAGAAUUCCUUAAUGUGAAGGAGGUGCAUUACAAUCCGCAUGGUUUGCUGCUAUUAGAGGGACAAGGUAUUUAUCGAUUGGGUAAUAGCUGGUAUCCAGUUCAAUCUGGUGAUGCCAUUUGGAUGGCCCGUUUUGUGCCCCAAUGGUACACUGCACCUGUACAAAGAUGUGAAUAGGAACCAUUGUAACCAGACGCCGCAAAAGUUGUCCCCUGGCUUCAUUGAGCUGAUCCUAGCGGGGAUAGAUCAAUUUCUGAAGCAAAGAUCAAGCUUCUAGGCUGCAAACAUUAUUUAGCUGAAUGGUAGUCAUCCUUGUGUUGCUUAAGGAUUCGUGAUGGAGGGAAUCGAUCUUGCAGUGCUUAUUUGGUAAAAAAAGCCUGUUCUGUUCAGAAAAUAAUUUUUUUCGGUGUAAAUUCCUCUGUCCUUUAUAAGCCCAUAUAAUUAUUGGAUAGAUUGAUGAUAAACAAUUGAAGAUGAUAUUGGAACUCAGAUUCCUCAGUUUGAAAAGUUAGAAAAAGAAAAAGAAAAAA